AUGGCAGAUUCACUUGAAAAUGAUAUUUCUGAAGAUUCUCCAAAAGGUUCAAGACGGCUUAGAAGGUCAACGGCUUCUGAAGCAAAUUCACGUCAAAGUACAUUAGAACGUUUAAAACAAGCAAGAAUGACUGGAAAAGCUUUUCGUGCUCGGGUUGAUGAUUUAAUACAAGAUGUUUAUGUUGAAGUUGAUGAUGAAGAAUAUCAGGCAAAGAAACAAUUUUAUAGAGAAUUUGUUGAGGAUGAUGUUGGUGCCUCAUAUUAUGACGAGGAUUCUGAAGACGAUGAGGAAAAUGAAAAACAAAUUAAAAAGAAAAAAGAAGGAAAAAAAGUCAAACCGGGGACAAUUAAACAUCAUUUUCAAUCAAUUUCAAAUAAUAAAAAACCAUCAGACGAGAAAAAUAUUCGAGUUGAAGACGACGAUAUUUUAAACGAAUGUUUGGCAGAUAUUAUUGGAACAAAUAAUUUAUCUACAGAAAAAACAGUUUCAGUUUUUGAAGAUCCAUUUUUAAAUACUUCCUUACAUAAACAACAACAAUCUCCUCAAAAAGCUUCUCAAAAUGAAUCAGAUAUUCAGAGUAUAAAUCCUUUUAAAACGGAUGCUUUGUCUAAAUCGACGCAGAACAUUAAAUUUUCAAAAAGUGCCCAACCUUGUACUCCGUCCACUUCAAUUACCUCCCUUCAAUUAGACGAACCAGAUAUUGAUGAUGUUGAUUUGACUGAAAAUGAAAUUAUUGAUGUUGAAAAUGGGAAAAAUAACUUUGAAGAUAAUAUCGAAACUUUACAAACAGAAAAACAAAAAUUUCCAAAAUCUCCUUCAAUUGAGACAAAAACAACAACUCAAAGAAAAAGGGAUGCUUCGCCUAUUUCAAUUCCAGAAAGGCCAAUGAAAUUAUUACGUGUUGAUUCUGAUUCACUCAAAUUUUAUUUUCUCGAUGCUUUUGAAAAUAUUUACACAAAACCUGGGACAGUUUAUUUAUUUGGAUAUUUAAAUUCAACAGAUGUUAAACCCCAAAGUUGUUGCAUUACUUUAAGAAAUAUUACAAAACAAUUAUUUUUUCUAAAACGGGAAAUUUUUGUAACCAAAUGUUUUAUUUCGCCUGAUGCUUCUGUGCCUAAAGAAUGUCAAACAGUUGAAGUUUGGGCUAAGUGCAAUUUUGGACGUAUCCCUACAAAUCUUUCUGGUGACUGUUUCAGCCAUGUAAUGAACACAACAACUACUGCUUUAGAACGUGUUCUCAUUGAGCGUGAAAUUUUUGGUCCGUGUUGGCUUGAAAUUCAAAAUGCCAGAAAAAAAGAAGAUGGGGAUCCUCACGUUUCUUAUUGCCAACAUGAAUAUUCACUAAAUAUGGAUCAAAUGGAUUAUAUUUCUAUGUCCUCUACUUUGCCUACUCCAUUACCUCCACCUUCAAUUACUUUAGUUAUUGUUAUGAUUUCUUUAAUUCAUCACUCCUGUAAUUUAGAAAUGUCUACAAAUUUUGAUCCAAAAUCUUUAAUAACUAAACGAUUUUGUGUUGUUUCAAAAUUCAACAAAGGAUUGCCUCUUCCAUUUGAUUUGGAGGACCAAUUAAAAAAUAAUGGAAUUUCAACAAUGGUUCGUAAAGUUGGCGAUGAAUUGUCGUUGUUAAACAUUUUCUUAUCAAAAAUUGCAGAACUUGAUCCAGAUAUGAUUUUGGCACAUGAUUUAAACGCUCAAUUAACAUUACUUCAGACAAGAAUUGAAAAGUAUAAUAAACUUAAAAAAUGGGAUAGGCUUGGUCGAAUAAAGAAUAAGGACCAAAUUCAAAAGAUUGGCCGAUCGAAAUUUGCUCAAUGGGAAUUAACUGCUGGAAGGCUUUGUUUAGAUUCGAAAAUAGCUGCUUCUGAACUGAUACAUUGCCGAAGUUAUGAAAUGGAAGAUUUAGUUGAAACUUUAUUGAAGAUGAACAGACAAAAUCUUAGCACGGAACAAAUAUCAGAGCCUUUUUUAAUAACAAAUCCAAAAAUUAAAUUAAUUGAUUUAAUUAAAUGGAAUUGGAAUGAGAAUUUAUAUACACUUAAACUUGUUGAGCAUCUUAAUUCUAUUCCCUUGUUUGUACAAAUUACACAAAUUGUUGGUGGAGUUUUGUCACGUACAUUAAUGGGCGGUCGGGCAGAAAGAAAUGAAUAUUUACUACUCCAUGCUUGCCAUCGAAACAAUUGCAUUCCACCUGAUAAAUACAAUGAAAUAAAUGAUGGAGAUAUUGAAGUAGUUGUGGAUACUGAACCUAUUCAAGAAGAAGAAAAUGAAAUAACAGCUCCUAAACAAGAAGAGAAAAUAACUAAAAAUAACAAAAAAACACAAUAUACUGGUGGUUUGGUUUUGGAACCAAAAAUAGGACUUUAUGAAACAUUUAUUGUACUUUUGGAUUUUAACAGUUUAUAUCCAAGUAUUAUUCAAGAAUUUAAUAUUUGUUUUACUACUGUUGACCAGGCUUUUGAUGAUUUGGCAGAAAUUGAUUUACCUAAUGCACCCGGCUCAAGUCGUCCAGAUGGAAUUUUAAAAAAUGAAAUUCGAAAACUUGUGAAUAGGCGAAAAGAAGUUAAGAAAAUAAUGAGUAAAGAAAAACACGAUUCUGAAAAAUACCAACAAUAUAAUAUAAGGCAACUCGGUCUUAAAUUAACAGCUAACAGUAUGUACGGAUGUUUAGGCUUCAAACAAUCACGCUUUUUUGCUAAAACUCUCGCAGCAAUGAUUACCUCAAAGGGAAGAGAAUUACUUUUGCAUGCAAAAACUUUGGUUGAGAAUGAAAACUUUUCUGUAAUUUAUGGUGACACCGAUUCUUUAAUGAUAAAUACAAAUACUACAAACUUUUUGGAAGCUAAACAAAUUGGACAAAAACUUAAACAAGUUGUUAAUAAAAAUUAUUCUCUUCUUGAAUUAGAUAUUGAUGGAAUUUAUAAAAGACUUCUUUUGUUGAAGAAAAAGAAAUAUGCAGCACUUUCUGUUGAUUUUAAUGAUGAAAAUUUAACUACAGCCGAAUUGAAAGGAUUGGAUAUUGUGAGGAGAGAUUGGUCUGAAUUGGCAAAAGAUAUUGGAUUAGAGAUUGUCAAUUUAAUUCUUUCCUCAAUUGAUCGAAAAACACUUAUUGAACGAAUAACUUCUGUUCUAGCUUUACGACGAGAAGAUUUAGAGGAUGGACGAUUCCCAUUAGAAAAAUUUGAAAUCUUAAAGCAAUUAACACGAGACCCCGCUGAUUACAAAGAUAUAAAAUCACAACCACAUGCAGUUAUUGCACGCCGAUUGAAUGAAUCUAAAAAGUUUAGACUACGGCAGGGUGAUAUUGUAAAAUAUAUUAUUUGUACGGAUGGGACAAAUAACCCUCCAACUCAAAGAGGAUACCACUCAUCUGAAAUUUUAGCCAAUGAUGAAUUAUCUGUUGAUAAGAAUUACUACUUAGCUCAACAAAUUCACCCAGUUGUCAUGCGACUUUGUGAACCAAUCGUUGAAAUAGACGCCUAUAAAAUCGCAGAAAUUUUGGGCCUUGAUCCAUCUGGAUAUCGAAAGAGAAUUUUUGAGGCUAGUAAUGGGGGAGAUAACGCCGACACAUUUGGUAUAAGUAAAGAUGAGAAAAUUGAUCUUUCUGUUAUUUUUGCACCUUUUAUUCUUAAAUAA